AUGAGCGAAUUAGACGAAGAAUUUGCCAAGAUGCUGCUGAUAAAAGAGGAGCGGAUAAAGGAGAUGGAGAGGCUGCUGUUGGUGAAGGAGCAGGAGGUGAAUGAACUGAAGAGAAAGCUGCACAAAUGUCAGUCAGUGCUGCCGAGCGCUAUUGGACCCAGAACCAGGCGCGCGAAGGGCAUCUCCGCGGAACCGCAGACCUUCAGGUCCUUCCAGGACUUGCGCAAACACCCCAAGUCGGACAGGUCUAAAGAACUAAUCAAAGAGGCCAUUCUUGACAAUGACUUCAUGAAGAACUUGGAGCUGUCUCAGAUUCAGGAGAUUGUGGACUGCAUGUACCCUGUGGAGUAUGAUAAAGAUAGUUGUAUCAUCAAAGAAGGCGAUGUGGGCUCCCUGGUCUAUGUCAUGGAAGAUGGCAAGGUGGAGGUGACCAAGGAAGGCAUGAAACUCUGCACCAUGGGACCAGGGAAGGUGUUCGGAGAGCUUGCCAUCCUCUAUAACUGCACCAGGACUGCUACGGUACAGACCCUCACAAAUGUAAAGUUAUGGGCCAUCGACCGCCAGUGUUUCCAGACCAUCAUGAUGAGGACCGGACUCAUCAAGCAUGCAGAGUACAUGGACUUUCUCAAGAGCGUUCCGACAUUCCAAGGCCUUCCAGAAGAAAUACUUAGCAAGCUAGCUGAUGUGCUGGAGGAGACUCACUACAGUGAUGGAGAGUACAUUAUUAGACAAGGUGCCAGAGGGGACACGUUCUUUAUCAUUGGAAAGGGAAAGGUGAACGUUACUCGAGAAGAUCCACCCAAUGGGACCCCUGUCUAUCUGCGGGCAUUAGGUAAAGGAGACUGGUUUGGAGAAAAAGCCCUUCAAGGAGAAGACAUCAGGACGGCUAAUGUUAUUGCUGCUGAAGCUGUCACCUGCCUCGUCAUUGACAGAGAAUCCUUCAAACACUUGAUUGGAGGUCUGGACGACGUCUCUAACAAAGGCUAUGAAGAUGCUGGCUCCAAAGCGAAAUACGAGGCAGAGAAUGCCUUCUUCUCCAACCUGAAGCUGGUGGACUUCAACAUCAUCGACACCUUGGGAGUUGGAGGAUUUGGAAGAGUUGAGCUGGUGCAGCUCAAGAGUGAAGAGAUCAAAACAUUUGCAAUGAAGAUUCUGAAGAAGCGUCACAUCGUGGACACGCGGCAACAGGAGCACAUCCGCUCUGAGAAACAGAUCAUGCAGGAGGCUCAUUCAGACUUCAUUGUGAGGUUGUACAGGACUUUCAAAGACAGUAAAUAUCUGUACAUGUUGAUGGAGGCCUGUCUAGGCGGAGAGCUUUGGACCAUACUUAGAGACAGAGGAUCCUUUGAAGACUCCACUACACGGUUUUACACAGCCUGUGUGGUUGAAGCCUUCGCAUACCUGCAUUCCAAGGGAAUAAUUUACCGUGAUUUAAAGCCAGAAAAUCUCAUUCUGGAUCACAGAGGGUAUGCCAAGCUUGUGGACUUUGGCUUUGCUAAAAAGAUUGGAUUUGGGAAGAAAACAUGGACUUUCUGUGGAACGCCGGAGUAUGUAGCCCCAGAGAUCAUACUGAAUAAAGGACAUGACAUCUCAGCAGACUACUGGUCAUUGGGAAUUCUUAUGUAUGAACUCUUGACUGGAAGCCCACCAUUCUCAGGACCGGAUCCAAUGAAGACAUAUAAUAUAAUUUUAAGAGGAAUCGACAUGAUAGAAUUUCCGAAGAAGAUCACCAAAAAUGCAGGCAAUCUAAUAAAAAAACUAUGCAGGGACAAUCCGUCUGAGAGGCUAGGAAACUUGAAAAAUGGAGUCAAAGAUAUCCAAAAGCACAAAUGGUUUGAAGGCUUUAACUGGGAAGGACUGCGCAAAGGAACUCUCACCCCUCCAAUUAUUCCUGAUGUUGCAAGCCCGACUGACACCAGUAACUUUGAUAGCUUUCCUGAGGACAAUGAGGAUCCUCCUCCAGAUGACAAUUCCGGCUGGGACACUGAUUUCUAAAAAUGAAACUUGUAACAUGCCCUGCCCUGGAGUGUCUCGUGUGGUUUGUCAGCGAAGAGAAGAAUGGAAGACGUCUAGCCCAGCUCUGUGACACCAAGUUGCCUUCGCCCAUACUUCUGUCCUGCGGUGCCACUGGGGGUGUCUCAGCUCCCCGCCGCACCUCACAACUACCGUAAACUGUCCUAAUCAGAAGAACUGGAGUCCAUAUUUCCAACACGACUUUAGAUAUGGACCGAUGUCUUAUAAAUGAGCCUUUAAAUUUUUUUCUUUGCUGUUUUAUGUUUGACUGAUUGCACAAGCAGUGGUUUCAGGUUUUAAGUCUGGG